GCCUCCGGGAGAGGCACUGAGGCUCCGAGAGGAGGCGGGUGGCGGUGGCUAGAGCAGCGCCCUUCUCCACCCCGCGCCCGCCGCCCGCCGCCCGCCGCACAGCCAAAAUGUUCCGGAGGCUGACCAGCGGCUUUGAGGACGACCCCUUCUUCGCAAGCACCUAAAAUUAGUGAAGCACACCUCUGGGUGUGUGUAUGAGAAGUUUCCAGAGAGGAUUAGCUGAGGAGGAAGACCCACCCUGAACAUACGCAGCACCAUCCCUACAGGCUGGGGACUCAGAGAAUACAAGGGAGAAAGAAGAGAGCUUAUGGCUUGGGUACUCUGUUUCCUGGAUGUAAUGAUUGAUUCCUUUCUUGCACACCGAGAAAGUAUGCGCCACAUGAUGAGAAGUUUCUCUGAACCUUUUGGCAGAGACUUGCUCAGUAUCUCUGAUGGUAGAGGAAGAACCCAUAAUCGUAGAGGACAUGAAGAUGGUGAAGAUUCCCUAACUUGUACAGAUGUCAACCCUUUUCAGACAAUGGACAGAAUGAUGUUAAAUAUGCGAAACAGUAUACGGGAGUUACAAAGAAACUUUGGUCAUCUUUCAGUGGAUCCAGAUGGACAUUCAUUUUGUUCUUCCUCAGUUAUGACAUAUUCCAAAGUAGGAGAUGAACCACCAAAGGUUUUCCAGGCUUCAACUCAAACCCGUAGGGCUCCAGGAGGAAUAAAGGAAACCAGAAGAACAAUGAGAGAUUCUGACAGUGGACUAGAAAAAAUGGCUAUUGGCCAUCAUAUCCAUGAUCGAGCUCAUGUCAUUAAAAAGUCAAAGAACAGCAAAACUGGAGAUGAAGAGGUCAAUCAAGAGUUCAUCAAUAUGAAUGAAAGUGAUGCUCAUGCUUUUGAUGAUGAAUGGCAAAAUGAGGUUUUAAAGUACAAGCCUAAUGGACGAUCACAUAAUCUAGAAAACAUGAGAAUGCAACGUGUUGGUCAUGACAGUUCAGGAUCACGAGAACACAAAAGAAGGGAGAAACUUCAAAGUCCAGCCAUUGAAAGUGGAAGAAGAGCAAACGCUUUUACAGACAAACUCAACGUCAAAGGAUCACCCGUGAAAAUCAACAAAAAAUAAAUAGCAGUGCAUUUCAUUUGUUUAGUUGAUUGUUUUAACAAAAAAGUAAUGGUGCUAGAUCAUACACAUCAGACCAGUCUCCUUUUAUUAAAUCAGUGCUGUAGUUUGCAACUUUCUUCUGAAAUUUGAAUUCUCUUGUAAGUUCUAGCUUUACAUUAUUACUUUAGGAAUAAAAUCUUUAUGUUCAACAAUGUGAUUUAAAUUGGUAAACAUUAUAAAACUCUUUAAGACAUACUAACCUAGCAUUCACAUGUUGAUUUGAUUUCCCAAUUAUUUUUAUACUGACUAUAUACUCAUAUACUUAACAAAGAUUGAUUAUAGAACUAGUUCUAUCAUUUAAUUCAAGUUCAAUAUAAGAAAGUAACAUUAAAAUACACUCAGUGUUUGCUAACACUAUAGUAGAAUGCUGCUAGUGAAAGUUUAAAUAGUUUGCUUCAAAUUUUAUAAUGUGUUAUAAUCAGCUAGCUUAAAGAUUUAAAAUAAUAAGUCAGGCCUAUAUUAGUGAUACAGGCCUGGUAGCUAACACCUGUGAUCCAACCAGCCCAGAAGUUGAGGCAGGAUUGCUAUGAGCUUAAGGUCAGCCCAGGCUGAAGAAUGAGACCCUAUCUCAAAAAAAAAAAAAAACACAAAAAACCCAAUAUAUAUUAGUGUGUAUGUCUGUGUGCAUAUAUAUGUAUAUGUAUAUAUGUAUAUAUAUAGUGUGUGUAUAUAUACAUUUAUACAUAGUUUUAUAAGAAAUUAUUUUGAAAAAGGGCAAGAAUAAGCAAAUAGUGUAUUUUCAGGAGAAUAUUUUAAAUUGCUAAUAUACAUGAAUGUUUCUUCUUAAAAUUUUUUAUACAAUGUAGGUUUUGUUCCAUAUUACAUUCAUACCAUUUGUUGUCAUUUAGAUGAUCAUUUCUCUUUAAAUUCUUAAUGUAGUAAUAAUUUUGUUUUACCAUAGUUUAAUGUGUCUGCAGUUAACAUUCUAAAUUAGGAGACUCCUUGGAAAAACUCUGCUCAGCUUUUUUGACGUUUAUAAAAGUACAUUUACUGGUCUGAAAACUAGAAUGAUUGAUUGUGUCAAAACUUGAUAGACAUUGUGUGUUUCUGAGCAAAGUGUUUAAUAAAACUGAAUUGCUCCUCUUUUAA